AUGGUUGAGGCUAGGUUGGUGGGCGAUGUGAGGAGGUUCUUUGAACCGGAAGUUGACUAUUCUCGGGGAAUCAGGUGGGCCAUCAGGGUGCCGGAAAUGGAUAGGUUCCUCCGAACAGAAGCUGCAGCACCGGCGGAUGAAGAAACCCUGGCGAUACUCCUCAAGGAGGCGAUCGAGGAGAUCAAGAACACCUGCACGUUAGCCCGUUGCCAGUUGCAGAAAAUUUAUCGGUUGAAGGAGCUGCUACGGGGGAAAAUGCACUGCCUUGACGCCACCAAAGUGUUCUUGAAGCACGACAAGGAAGUAGAGGAGGCCUGA